AUGAAAGCCUUGGAUUUGAUUUGUCGCAAUUUGACGAAGGGGUGGUUUACAUCAGACACACCCCAGAAAGGUUCAGUUGGUGGUGUGCUGCUCAGUCGUGAGGGGGUGCCCUUGCGCUUCUUCAGUGAGAACAUACCAGCCUUGGUGAUGAAGCGGUUUUUGAAGGUUGCCGACAACCCAAUUUAUUCACGCCGCUAUGUUGUCAUGUACAUUGACAAUGAAGCAUCACGUUUGGCUUUGAUCAAAGCCUACUCCUCGACACAGAUGGGUAACGUCCUUGUCCAGAUGUUUGUAGCAAAGGAAGACGCUUCACAGUGGAAAGUUUGGUUCGGUCGUGUCUGCAGUCACUCAAACAUUGCUGAUGCCCCGAGUCGCAUGGAAGUUGAAGACUUGGUGACUCGUGGUGCAGUGCAAGACAAAUGUGCAUGGGGUGUGAUCCUGCUUGGUCUUGAAGAGACUGAGCACAACUUCGGAUUGGGGUGA